AUGGAGAUGAACGAUGAUCCAGAUCCCGAGAUGCCACCGAGUGGGACGCCGAUGCAUCCCAUUGAGAUUUCCAGCGGAUCAUCAUUUCAUGGCGGUCACACCACCGCCACCGCCACUGCCACAGCAGCAACAACCUCCGUAACCAUCGAGGCGAAGAAGAUCAGGUGCACGGAUGUCCGUGCGUGGGGGUUUCCACUUCAGCACCCCCAACAUUCAAGCAGCGGCCAUUACCCGCCGUUGUAUGAAGACCCGCAAAUGGGUGGGCCUUCAAACCCAGUCUCUGAAGUCGACUCUACGCCAGUUGCACCACCACCGCCACCGCACAUGGGUUAUGAUAACCCGAUUCCUUCUUACACCGGUGCAGCGGCGUAUAACCCGUUUGAGCAGCCAGCUUACUUGGCGGUGCACUACAAUGCUCUUCAUCCCGAAGGACCCUUCCAAGCUGCGUACCCAACUGGGUACCCGCCAUAUGGGUAUCAAUACCCGCCACAUCCUCAACCUCAGCCGCAGCAGCAGCCACAACCGCCACAGUUCCAACCACCGCAGCAGCAUGAAAUCCUUCAGUUGUUGCAUGAGGUGGAGCAACAAGUUGAAGAGGAGCGUAGGAGCCGCCGUGGGUUACUGAAGGGUUUGGAAAAAUUAAUAAAGGGGAAGAAGAAAAGGGAUUAUUGA